AUGUUUAAACUUCCCCUCAUCAGCAACAAAUGGAGAUGGCCCAAAUUCCUCAUUGCCUUGAUGGUACUUGAGCUCGCAGGCGCUAUAGCAGCAUUAGCACUAUUCGGUAUUGCAGAACCAAACUUGUACCGGACGAAGCUGUGGCAGAUUGGUGCAGAUAAUGGAUUCAACUCGAGUCCCAAGACCAUCUUAUACGCAUAUGCGAACUAUCGGAAAAUCCCUUCGAUUCCUUUCGUCUGGUCACAUACGUAUGUAUAUGUCCAAGAUUUGGGUGAUCUCGAGCUAAUAGUUGGCAGAAUCACCGAGUUCAACGUAGCUAUCUCGGUGCUGUGUACGUUUAUUAUGAUUGUAAAAUGGGUCAUGUUUGCCCUGCACAUCUGGUACCCGCUCCUGGCAACCGUUACCAAUAUCAUCAUUACCGCUUUAUGGAUAGUGAGCGUCUACGGGCAAGCAGGACCGGACCACUCGGAUCCAAAGCAUCCAUCCAGCAUCGCGUGGUACAUCAGCAAGAGCUGCUCUUACGCAAAACCAGCUGGGUACGAGCACUACUGCGAGAUGGCGAAAGGCACCUUUGCAGUAACAGUAUUCAUGAUGGUAAUCUUCCUCGCCAACACAGUCCAAGGAAUCUGGUCUAUGAUCCCCAGCGCCGCAGAGCGCGCCAAUGCCAAGAUCGAAAUCGACGACAUGCAAAGCAGCAAAGGAAAAGGCGCCUACGACUCCCCCACCUCGGACAACUCGGGCGAGCAGAAGUGGGAGAUGAAGAGCCACCCAAAACCCACCUUGACGCCCUACACACCACGAACAAUGGCUUUCAACACCCUUGACAGGCAAUUGCCGCUGAGGGCGGAAAGCCACGGAGCGCGGUUCACGUAG